GGGUAUCCCCUGGAUGAAUGGACUGGAAUGACGUGGAAAUAUAGGUAGGAGAGAAAUUGUGGAUGUGAAUGAUUUAGUUAGUGGGAAAAAAAUGAUACUUGAAAUUGGUGAAGUGAUAAAAAACAUUGAACAUGAUGAAUUCAUUCAACAUGAUAAAUAAAUUGGUAAUGUCAACGGAUACGCAUUUGGACAUGGCCUACAAAGUGUCUACAACAACAAUUAAAAAUAAUGUACACGAUGGUGUAACACUGCUGGAGGAUUUGUCUAAAUUGCGCACAAGUGAGAGCACAAGUGCGACCAUUGAUAUCAUUUAUGAUACGACAUACGCCACAAAAACCAACAAAACGGACGAUGGGACAAUAGAAAAUCGCAUUGGUGCAUUGUAUUGGACAGAUAUAGCUCUUGUGAGCCUCUUCUGUAUCCUCAUUGUGAUAACAGUGAUCGGAAAUACCCUUGUGAUAUUGUCCGUGAUUACCACGAGACGCCUAAGAACUGUAACCAAUUGCUUCGUGAUGAGCCUGGCCGUGGCUGAUUGGCUUGUCGGUAUCUUUGUUAUGCCACCUGCAGUUGCUGUUCAUCUAAUGGGUUCAUGGGAACUUGGUUGGGUACUAUGUGAUAUAUGGAUAUCACUAGAUGUUCUCCUCUGCACAGCAUCCAUUCUGAGCCUCUGUGCUAUUAGCAUAGACAGGUAUUUGGCGGUGACACAGCCUCUUAACUAUUCACGGAGGAGGAGAUCAAAGAGAUUAGCUCUCCUCAUGAUACUUGUCGUGUGGAUCUUGGCACUGGCAAUUACCUGUCCCCCCAUACUUGGAUGGUAUGAACCAGGACGACGAGAUUUAGUUGAAUGUCGCUACAAUCAAAAUGAGGGCUAUGUUGUAUUCUCCGCAAUGGGCUCCUUCUUCAUUCCAAUGACAGUUAUGAUAUAUGUUUACGUGAAGAUAUCAUGUGUCGUUGCAUCCCGACAUGACCAUAUGGCUGAAAUUGAGGUACACAAGAAGAGAACCAAUGCAGAGGCAGAAGUUUACCUGGACCACGAUACAUCGGAACAGGAGCCCCCAAGUCCCAAGAGGUCACAAUCAUUUGGUCAAUUAACAAAGCGCGACUACUUUGUGAAGACAAACUCAGCCGAGGAUAUCGACGGUCGGAAUGCAAAACAAUCCCGAAAUGGACUAUAUGAACUUGUGGAUUGCUCAUCGAGAACACCAUCCCUGAAGCGUUAUGGCGGUCUCAAUUCCAAACAGCCUACAAAUGAAACAUGGUCAAAUCAAUUAAGUGCCACUAGUAAGGACAUUCCGGCAUCUGGAUUUGCAAUUUCCAAGCAAAUUCGCGUACAUCAGAAGUCAAUGUCCAAUAGGAUCCUAUCCCUCAAGCGAGAAAAUAAGACAACACAGACCCUUAGUAUUGUUGUGGGUGGUUUUAUAGCGUGUUGGUUGCCAUUUUUUGUACUGUAUCUCAUUACCCCAUUCCUACCCGAUAAGUCCGUCAAUCCAAUGAUUUCGGGCUUCCUCACAUGGUUGGGUUGGUUCAAUAGUGCCGUCAAUCCAUUCAUUUAUGCUUUCUAUAGUGUUGACUUUAGGACAGCGUUUUGGAGACUGACAUUGAGGAAAUUCUUUAAAAAUAAAAAUUCGCACAAAAUUCCAUUUGCCAGCAACACCAUGUCUAUUAAACGAUAAAUUUAGAUAAUAUUUUACAUGAUAUUUAGAACUUUAGGCUAUUUUGUCCUUCUAAAAAGAAAGAAACUGAUACUUUAGGAGCUUUUUUUCUUCUGUGAGCGAUAUUCUAAUUAAGAAAAUUAAGCGAUAUUUAAUAAACUUGAGGUUAAUUAAAAAAUUAGAGAAUGUAUUUAAUAUUUUGUUUUAUGUUUACCUAAAAAAAAAAAAACAAAACAGUGAAGACAGGGAAGAACAGUCGAGACAGAAACCAACACAAAGUCGAUAAUGCAGAAGCACUUGAGAACAGAAAUGUUCUAAAGGAAAUAUUAAAAAAGAAACAUUUCUCCUUUUAAUUACAAUAGCACUAUUAGUCAGCAAGAUCAGAACAAAUAUCACAAUUACAAAGCACAAGUUUGUAGAAUAAAGAUGAUUUUUUUCGCUUUCUUUAAUCCUUUCUCACAAAACCAUUUUUUUUUACUAUUUUAAAAACUCAUGAAAAAUCAAAACGCACAAAACUUAAAAGAACUAUAAAGCGAUAUUAAAAUGCCUUUGAGAACAAAAAAGAAAAA